GGCCCAAGCACGCUGAGCUAUAAAUGGCUUAGAGCCCGGCCUGCAAGUUGGGGAAGUUUGCCGGCAUGGGGGUCACGGUGGAUGUGCAGCAGGUUUACAGAUACCCCUUCGAGCAGGUGGUGGCCAGCUACCUCCGCAAGUAGCUGCUGAAUUUUCACUCUGAAGUGUCUCUGACUUUUUGCCGAUUUGACAAUGCCUCAGAAUUUCCCAAGCUCCUUUCCAGCGCAAAUCUUUCUGUUUGCUCUUCUACUCCUCUCGGAGGUGCCUACUGCAAAUCCUGUCUCCGGCUUCAGUUAAAGUUCAGUCCACAUGCAGGCUGGGAAUGUCUCUGUUCCUUGAAAAAUAUCCCAGUCCCAUGGAGAAACAUGUCACGGCUAUAAAAACCAUGGAGGAGAAAACAGAUUUAUCCACAGGGAUUAUUUACAGAAGGAGAAUUGCAACAUGCCAGAACAUAAUUCCAGAAAUCUUAAGAAAGGUUAGUGUUUUAAAAGUGUCUGACAUCUACUUAGAGGAAGAAUCUUGGCUUAAUAUGCAAGAAAGAAAUAUGGUUAUGAAGUCUCAUUGCCUUACCUGGACACAAUAUGCAUCUCUAAGUGAAGAAUCUGUCUUCAGGGAAAGCUUGGAAAAUCCAAAUUGGACAGAGUUCGUCCAGAAAGGGAGGAUUUCGGUUACAGGAGCAGGGUUGCUCAACUGUGUUUUGGAAGCUUUUGCUCAAACCUUUCUAAAUCAAGGAGUCAAGAAGGGUAUUAGAAUAAUGGAGAUGCUGCUGCAGGAACAGUGUGGGUGUCCAUUUUCCUGAGGAGGAACAGAAGAGCAUCAUCUUCAUUGCCUUCACAGUUUCCAGGGAAGUUAUCCAAAUUUUAUUGGUACCAUUUUAUUGAGGAAAUGGUAUUCAAUAUGCGUAGUUUGGAGAAAAGAUGACAAUAGACUACAAAUCAUUCGGGUAAGAUUAAGGAAGGAUAUGCUGUUGAAAGGGGACUCUUAUCCCAAGAGGUCCUGGAGAAGCAGAUGUAAAUGUGGAAAUAAUGUCUUCAUAUGGAUUUCUGAUGUAAUUUCCAGAGCCUAAGCAUUCACCGAAAAAACCAACAUCAGCAAAAAAACAUAAAUAGCCCUUUUUGCUCUGAAAACAUCUAUCAUGUCAACUCAUGCACAGUUGUCUUGAGCCUUUCCAAGAAAGGUAUGGAUGCCUCCUAUUAAUUUUAAUAGUUUAUCUUGAAGCUUAGUUGUUAGGGACAGUGAUUCUAUUCACAGAAUUCACAGAAGCAUCAGUGGAAAUUUAUGCCUUUACAAUUCAAUGCAAUUCUGUCGACUCAGUAUCUCUCUGCAGGUAUUUGGUAUUUCCAAUGUGUCUGCAAAAGUGAAAACAAACAAACAAAACAUUAAAAUUUCCUUUGAAAAGAAUUCCCUUCCUUCUGAAUGAGAACUAAUGCUAAGCUUCCCAGCUGAGCCUGUAGAAACAAGGAAACUGUAGUUUGGAGAGAUGUGACUAUAUCCAUUUGGAGUCAUCACCCCUCUGAGGAGAAACCUAAUGACGGCAAUUUUAAGUAUCAACUUUGCUAAUUAUUUCACUGCUGAGACUUUAGCAGAAACGUAUAACAAAUAUGCCUGUUCCAGUUUGGUUGGCUUCAUUUGAAAGGUUGUCCCACAGAUUAAAAAGUUACAAGUUUUAAAGUGAAAAUAUUUGAUUGUUCCCUAAAUGUUUUCUUUUUUUUUGUACUAUUAGAGAAGUUUAAGGGAUUAGAAGGUUUCUUAGUAAAAUUCUUAAAGGAAAUGAGAGCUUACCUGGAUGAGGAAUUAAGUUUGAAAGAGCAAUUUUAUUUAAAAUCCCUUUAUUAAAAAUACGAGUAAUUUGGAUACUCUUGCUUUUCUCACUCCACAAAGAGUGCCACUGAAGUCAAUGGGUGUCAGGUGGCACUGAGUGCUUACAGUUGAGCAGAACUACCAUUGUUUUUACUACUGAGGCAUUGGAGAGGAGACAUUUCUGCAAAUCCACACUACUGUGUACCAUGAGAGGGUUUUUAAUAUCCAUAUGGAACAGGUUGGGCAUCUGCUUUUAAAACCUUAUUGGAACAGCUUGGGGAGGGGGAGGUAGACCUAGUACACAUUUUUAAUGACAAGAUCAACUAGUAAUAGAAUCAUUUGAUUAAGGAGCUAUUGUUCUCUUGCUAUUAGUGAUGCUUAAUAGUCAGUUAAAUAAAGUUCUUAUAGCAACCGUGCAGGAGGAAAAUUUUGUUUAGUGCAAGGAAAAUUGGAGUAGGUAAUUUUAAGUCCUUUUUAAUCCUAUAAGAUCUAGUUUUAUGAUCAAAAUGGUUAAAGAAACAUGAAAUAAAAUCACAUUUAUUAUCUACAACUGGCAUAUCAAGGCAUGUUUAACCAACUUUUUGGUCAUCUGUAAAAUGAAAUCAAAUUUUGGAUGCUUUUUUAGUCACAAAGUUCAAGGCACCUCAGAAUAUAAUUGAAUGUUCUAGAGUCUGAUAACAGAUUCAGUAACCUUCUGUAACUUGUGAUUGAGCCGAAAAGAAAUGUCCUAACCAGGGGUUGCUCCUGUAUUUAAAAGUUUUAUGAAUGAUUCCUGGUGGCAUAUUGUAUCAUAUUAUCUAAGUGAUAUAGAGCUCCAACCCAAUAGAGUGUGCAAGAACUUUAGUCCUACUGGAGAUAUUGGAGUUACUUGCCUCUAAUUAAGUGCCUAGAGUUAUAGACCUGCUUUCCUGGAUCUUAAUCUUUAUGAAGUAAAGACAAAUACAGUAUAUUUUGAAUAGGUCUUUAAAAAAACCUUAAAAAUUAAAACCUACACUUCUGAAAAACUAGGCCUUAUGUAAUUAGUAAAUUCAGUAUUUUGGUAGAUCAGAAAUCUGUUCAUUAUGUUAAAGGUAUUACAUGGAGCACACUUCUGAGGAAAGGGUAGACCUAAAAAGACAAGCAUUUGUAAGUGAGAAAGUGGGUUGAUGUAACAGUGAUGUUUUCUAUACCUCUGCAAACUGAUUGUUCUGUUUGAUUUCAAUUUUUCCAAUGGUGUAUUUUGAGUUUUUGCAUUGUAUGAAUUCCUCAGCGAGACUGUUCAUUUUAAUUAGGGCAUAUUUUGGCUUUGUCCUUAAGUAAUUUUGUAGUUUGUGAAUGAAUAAUUCAGAUACAGCUGACAAAAAAAAAGGAAAAAAAAAGACUUAAAUGAUGAUUCAGAGUGGAUGACUUAGGCGAAAGAGACAGUGUAGUUAAAGACAUUUUAUGUAUCCUGUUAUGAUCAAUGACAGUGAUGCAUCUGAUGAGUUAAUCUGUGGGGAUGACAGCUCUGCUUUUUCCCCUGCCAACACUGUUUAUCCUCUAACAUUCGUUUAGAAGUACAGCAUUAAAUAUUUUCUGGAGAGUCAAAUAGGGAAGAGUAUAUAGGAUCUGGUAGAAAAUCCUUCUUUAACAACCCAAAUGACUAGUUGAGGAAAAAAAUACCCAAAUAAUAAGUAUGUUUAAUUUAAUAUGUCCCAGUAUGAAAUUUUUUUCUAAGUGUAUUGAGUGACUGAUUAAUGUUUGAGAAUAUUUUCUCAAAUAUAUUAGUGGUGAGUGGUAGAUAAAUACAUAGAUUCAUUUGUAAAACUGUAGACCAAAUUUGUCAAAGUUCUGCUGUGUCCUUAGUAGGACCCUAAAUGACUGGGUUAGUUGUUUUUUUUUUUCAAGGAGCUUAAUUUUAUGCAUUGCAAGGUCUGACUAAAGUCCCCUUCAAUGGAAAAAAUAUAUAUUUGCUUCUAUGUGCUUUGGAUCGGGCCCACAGUUUUAACAAUCUUGGCCAUAAGGGUCCCUAAAGUCAUGUUCCCUUGUGCUUGAAAUUUCCCACUCCUGUAUGGUGUUGCAUUUGCCAGCCAGUGAUACCUUUAAAAAACAUUUUUUCUUGUUUUGCUUGUUUUUCUCUGGAACUUUGUCAUUCUUUAUUUAGUCUGUGCUUCCAGGGAAUUUAGAAAUUCUCUCUCAGCAUUGUGUGUUGCAGUUUUUAUUACUGGUUGGUUUUUAAAAUACUUUUGUUUUGUUGUAUAUUGCUCUAAUGUACUAGAGGGUAGAGUUUCAUAUAUAGUUAAAACAAAUUUUGUUAAGGAACAAAAUAAACUCACAAAACUAAUAACAACCACCCUAAAUAAAAUGUUGGCUCUAAGUUCUCAGCAAUGAAAGAGUCAGUGUAGGUGAGGAAGUGUAAAUUGUAUUUCAGAAUGAAGUAGAUCCUUUUGUCUUACCUAUAUUAUGUUUGAGUUUUGUCAUAGAUUAACAAAUUUUCACCCUAACAGUAAUAGCAGACCUUUUUACUAAUGUGCUCAGUACAUUUCAGAUAGGUAAUCAUUUAUGGCAGCAUUAACAAUCCAAUUUGUGUGUGUAUAAAAAAAUAAAGUUAAACUCUGCUGCUAUUAUAGCAUAGGAAAAAAUAAUGAAUGUGGAACAAUGAUUCAGGGACUUGAUUUCAGCCAGGUGAUCCAUUAUUAGUUUAGCCAUAUGGUGAGGAAAAGUGCUGUAUUUUUUAAAUAUUUUUUGUGUAUGAAUAUAUAUUACUGUAGUAUACACAAUGUUUUUUAUAUUCAAACUUUACUACACUGAAUUGUUAAUGUAUUAUGAUACCAUUGUACAUAUGCUGUGUGAUUAGUUAAUGGCUA